AUGGCGAAUACGAAUCAAAACAUGAUCUUGACAUCUGCAGCAACAGUCCAUAAUCAGCGUCGUUGGUCUGCCUCUAUCUAUCCAGAUUUUGCGGUGAUAUGUUCCUAUCUAAAGUUAUUCAGUAGUUACUGUAAAUUAGCACAGCUACAAAUUGAAAUAUUGGACCGAGGCUUUCUCGCUUUACACAGCGGAAGCAAUCAAGGCAAGUGUCAAUUCGUGUUGCAAAUCAAUACAUCAUUGUCAGCGGAUGAUGAAGAUGCACAAUAUGCAGUGGAUGUUCAUGUCAAAUUGUUACGAGCAAUUGGGAUAAACGUUGCCCCUAAUGGAAACUCCUGGAAGAAUAAGGUCAUCGCUCUAGCACGAGAAUACGACGGCGAAAAAAAAGUAUUAUGGGAAAUGGAAGAAUUUGACUAUGAUGGAUUUUCACUCAAGAGUAAAAUUUUUGUGACAAAAGUGCUUUGUGAAGCGCAAUUUGACAAAAAUCUAAAACUGAAAACGAACAUUAGACCAUUCCUUGCUAAGGAAUUGCGGCAGCAGCCAAUAGGCAGAGAUCGCUUUGGGUUAGUUUAUUGGUACCAGCAGGAUGAAGAAUGUAAUCUUCGAUUGUAUGCUGUAGAAGAGGAUGAUGAUGAUAGUUCCACAUGGACAGUGGUUUGCAGAAACUACGAGCAAUUAUGUAGUAUCUAUGAAAUAUUAUCUGAUCGCAUACAGUUGAAUCCACGCGAAGAUGCUCGUAAGUUUGUUAAAAAAUCUAGAAAGCGUGCUUCAGAUGAUUGGGAAAAUGAUGCGGAUGAGCCUUGCACGGCUUGCUUUAGUUGUGCAUCACCAGCAACGAUUCUUUUGUGUGAUUCAUGCAAUGCUGGAUAUCAUAUGAGUUGUCUUCGACCUCCGCUAUUUGUAAUUCCUGAUGGCAACUUUUACUGCCCGUUUUGCGAUGAGAUCAAUCUUGCCAAAAAUCUUAAAGAUAACAUUACAAAGUUAGAAUAUAAGCAAAGAGCUCUCGAAAGAGCGAGCAGACGAAUGAAAAUGAAUGGUCUUGAUUAUAGCAAUAUUAUCAAUCUUCAGAAUGAUGAUUCUACUAGUCGCCGAUCAAAUCGUGCUCGAAAGGAAAUAAACUACAAUUUCCAAGAAUAUGACGAUCUAAUUGAUGGUGCUAUCGAAUGCGGUCAAACACGUAAACGUACAAUUGAUACAGAAUCCAAUUCCGAGACGGUAAAUAAAGGUAUUGACAGUAAUAUAGUUUCAGCAAAUAGCGAUAUUGAAUCAGACAGUAAAGAUGAAGAGUAUGAUACCUCACAAAGCUCUCCAGGCAUGGUAUCUCAGGAAUCUGAUUCGAAAUUGCUGUGUGAAGAGUCUGAUAAUCCAGUAAAUAUCGCCACGAAAGAGGAAAUGUCCGAUGACUGUCUAUUGAAUAUUUCUCCGUCUAUGGUAGUCGAUAGCGCAUCUCCUUUUGCCCAGCAAACUGUUUCGCAAGACCAUGACUAUGCCAGCAUUCCAUCUGUUUCUAGUAAUUCAACGGACAUCGAUGAUGGCGAUGUCUACACGCCAACAGAUCUAGAAUGUAAUUUAUCCAGCGAAAGCAUAUUAUCAUCUUCGCUGAAAUCUUAG